AUGCCCAGCAUAAAUGAUAUCCGUAUAGCAGUAAUCUGUUCAAGUAAUAUGAACAGAAGUAUGGAAGCUCAUGGUUUCUUGUCCAAAAAAGGCUUUAAUGUAAAAAGUUAUGGAACAGGUGAAAAAGUUAAGUUACCCGGGGAAGCAGCCGAUAAACCAAAUGUUUACGAAUUCGGAACUACAUAUGAUGAAAUCUUCAAAGAUCUGCAAAAUAAAAAUAAAACAUUGUAUACGGAAAAUGGUAUAUUACAUAUUUUGGAGCGUAAUAAAAGAAUAAAAUCUACUCCAGAGCGAUUUCAGGAUACUAAAGAAAAAUUUGAUUUGUUGAUAACUUGCGAGGAAAAAGUUUACGAUCAGGUUUUGGAGCAUAUGGACAGUGCGACGGUGGUGGAAAAUUCGAUUGUACACGUAAUUAAUUUCGACAUUACCGACAAUCUGGACGAAGCAACUGUAGGAGCUUUCUUAAUUGGAGAUUUAUGUUCUUUGAUUGUAAAUGCUGAAGAUUUAGAUGAUGAUAUAGAAGAAGUAUUGGCAGGUUUUGAAGAAAAAAACCAAAAGAAAAUUCUACAUAGCAUUGUAUUUAAUUAG